AUGCAAGCUGUUUAUUCGUCGUACAUCGGUUGGGUGCCGUUUCCCAUUGCCGCUAUGAUCGUAGCGGUCAGCUGUCACUACCUCCCGAGCCCGGAGUGGGCGUGGCGACGGAUAGCCAUGCUCCUCCCCGUGCCAUUGGCCUGUCGCCAGCAGUUCUGCAACCUCUUCUCGAAUUCCUCAGCCGUAUUGAUUUCUACGUGGGAUCUUAAUCCUGUCAAGGUAUCCACUGAGGAUUUAUUCGACCGUGACAUUACUACUGAAGUUUCACUGGAAGCGGAUUGUGAUUAA